AUGGUUAGACCACGUAUAAAAUUUGGCACACCUUUAUUUUCUUCAGCAGAUUAUGAUUAUAUUAUGCAAUGCCGUGAUAUGGAACCAAGAAAUGAAAUUUUAAAAGAUUUAUUAAAAAAAUAUAGAACAUCGUCAAAACGGAUUUAUCAAAUCUGGAGAGGAGAAGAAGCUAAUAGGGUUGCUUGGGAUCAACCUAUACCUCAAACAUAUAAUAACAAUACUAACAUAUCAAAUUCUACUACAGAUGUUCUUUAUAUAGAAUCUCCAUCUUUAGAUAGAGAUAAAGUUCCAUUGCUAUAUAAUAAUAUUUCAGAAGAACCAAGUAAACAAACAAAAACAAAGAGAUCCAAAUCUAUUCGAAAAUCUAACUUGCCUAUUAUUACCAAAGACUUAACAGAAAAAAUAGAUGAAAAGCCUGCAUAUUCUAUUGAUACACAUGCUUGUUUUAGACGUGCUGUUGAAGAGG